CCUAUAAAUACCCGAUCUCCGGCACCAACACUACAUAUCCCACCCACAACAUGGCAUCCACUAAUCCAGCACUUCUCCUGCUCCUCUUCAUCACUGUUUUCUCUUUUUUGAAACCCUCUACAGCCGCCGGCAUCGCCACUUACUGGGGCCAGCAGAGCGAUGAUACUGAAGGCACCCUUGAAGCCGCCUGUGCCACCGGAAACUACCAGUUUGUAAACAUAGCUUUCUUAAGCACCUUCGGCAACAACCAACAACCGGUUCUGAACCUAGCAGCCCAUUGUGACCCUGAUUCGACUUGCUCCAGGUACAGCUCCCAAAUAAAAGCAUGCCAGGCCCAAAAUGUUAAGGUGUUUCUUUCUAUAGGGGGUCAGAGAGGGAGCUACUCUCUAUCGUCACCGCAAGAUGCACAACAAGUUGCUGAUUUUCUAUGGAACACCUAUCUUGGCGGCCAGUCAGCUACCCGUCCGUUAGGAGAUGCUGUUUUGGACGGAAUCGAUUUUGAUAUCGAGCAAGGGACAGACCAGUUCUGGUCUGACCUGGCUAGGGCACUCGCUGCGUACAGCUCACAGAAAAAAGUGUACUUAUCUGCAGCCCCACAGUGCCCUUUCCCUAGCCCUAGUGGCGACGUGCGGAACCAACUGCUCCCGGCGAUUAGGGAAGGGCUGUUUGAUUACGUGUGGGUGCAGUUUUACAACAAUGAACAAUGCCAGUAUGGGGCGAAUGCUGAUGCUUUAUUAGCGAGAUGGAACGAGUGGACUCAGGUGACCACAAAUACGAUUUUCUUGGGGUUACCAGCAGCAGCUUCGGGAGCUGCCCCAAGCGGAGGAUAUAUUCCACCAGAUAUUCUUACCUCUCAGAUUCUUCCUUCAAUCAAGAGUUCUCCCAAGUACGGUGGAGUCAUGCUGUGGGACAGGUUCUAUGAUAAACAGAGUGGAUACAGUGACGCCAUCAAAGGCAGUAUAAACUAGUCCUAAAGUGAUAGCCUUUGUAUACUUUAUUAUGUUUGUGUGGUGGAAUAACUUCAUAUCGUCGAGAUAUGAUCAGAUGAUUUUGUUUAUGUAACAGUUAUACCUAGUGCAAAUCAAUAAAACAAUUAUAGUAUUUGUUAUGA